AUGGCGAUGCCGGGGAUACAAAACGGCGGCGUAACGGUGAUGACGGCGGGACCUGGGCCCGGGUUGCCAGCGGUGGUGGAUCAGAAUGGGCAUUCGGCGACUGGGCUGAGGAGUUCGUCUCCGAUUCGGAUUUUCUUGUAUUUUCACAAGGCGAUUCGAGCCGAGCUCGAUGGACUUCACCGUGCCGCCAUGGCCCUCGCCACCAAUAGAAGCUGUGGGGACAUAAAGCAGUUGAUGGAGAAGUGCCAUUUCUUGCGGUCGAUUUACAAGCACCACUGUAAUGCGGAAGAUGAGGUUAUCUUUCCUGCACUUGAUAUCCGUGUAAAGAAUGUGGCACGAACUUACUCCCUUGAGCACGAGGGAGAAAGUGUGCUUUUUGAUCAGCUAUUCACAUGGUUAGACUCUGAUACGCAAAAUGAAGGGCGUUACAGGAGAGAGCUGGCCUCCUGUACGGGAGCCCUUCAAACAUCAAUCAGUCAGCACAUGGCCAAGGAAGAGGAGCAGGUUUUCCCGUUGCUUAUCGAAAAGUUCUCAUUUGAGGAGCAGGCAUCAUUGGUAUGGCAAUUUUUGUGCAGCAUUCCUGUAAAUAUGAUGGCAGAAUUCCUUCCGUGGCUUUCACUGUCAAUUUCACCUGAUGAGCAGCAGGAUAUGCGUAAAUGCUUACACAAAAUUAUCCCCAAAGAAAAGCUGCUUCAACAGAUAAUAUUUACCUGGAUGGAUGGGGUAAAGAUAAACAGCAAACGUAAACGUUGUGAAGAUGAUUCCAGAAAUGACAGUGCUCCUGUUUCUUUGGCUAGGGGCUUCAUUCUUCCAACUAAGAAUGGGAACUGUGCAUGUGAAUCUUCGAGGACUGCUGAAAGUGAUAGGCUGCUGUCAGAUUGUAAUAUUAUGAUGUCUGCCCUAGACCAUCCAGUAGAUGAUAUAUUGCAUUGGCAUAAGGCUAUUGAAAAGGAACUGAGUGACAUUGCUGAAGCAGCUAGAAAUAUAAAGUUAACAGGAGAUUUUUCUGAUCUAUCUGCCUUUAAUAGGAGGCUUCAAUUCAUUGCCGAAGUCUGCAUUUUCCACAGCAUUGCUGAGGACAAAGUUAUAUUCCCAGCCGUUGAUGGAGAAAUGUCUUUCGUCCAAGAGCAUGCGGAAGAAGAGAGUGAAUUUGACAAGUUCAGAUGCUUCAUAGAAAGUAUUGAAAGUGCUGGAGGCAAUUCAUCUGCUGAAUUUUAUUCUAGAUUAUGCUCACAAGCUGAUCAUAUAAUGGAGACCAUAAAAAUGCAUUUUCGCAAUGAGGAAAUCCAGGUUCUUCCCCUUGCACGGAAGCAUUUCAGCCCUGAACGGCAGCGAGAACUUCUGUAUCAGAGCUUGUGUGUGAUGCCACUGAGAUUGAUUGAAAGUGUCUUACCUUGGUUGAUCGGAUCAUUGAGUGAAGUGGAAGCUAGGACUUUUCUUUACAACAUGCAUAUGGCAGCUCCAGCAUCGGACGGUGCAUUGGUUACUCUGUUCUCUGGUUGGGCAUGCAAAGGUUGCCCAAGGGGCACCUGUUUGUCUUCUAGCGCAAUUGGGUGUUGUGCUGCAAAAGUGCUGUCAGAACCCCAAGAGAUUUUCAAUAGAUCUUGUCAGUCUUUUGCCUGUUCAAGUACCUCUAUUGAAAAUUCAACUUGCGGACUAGCAAGUUAUUUUGAAAAGACAGUUGAGUCUGCAAACUCAGCCCAUCUAGGAGAAAGUAGUUCUUGCAAUUCAUCAGGGAUAGAGUUCCAGAAAGCAUCUCUCGCUAACCAGUCUUGUUGUGUUCCCGGUUUAGGAGUGAGUAGCAAUAGUCUAGGAACGAGUUCUCUUGCUACAGCGAAAUCAUUGCGCUCGUUAUCUUUUGGUCCUAGUGCCCCUUCCCUCAUCUCCAGUCUUUUCAACUGGGAAACAGAGAUCAACUCCAGUACCAGCGGGCUCACAACCCGACCCAUUGACAACAUUUUCAAAUUUCACAAAGCCAUUAGAAAAGAUUUAGAAUUCCUGGAUGCUGAGUCUGGUAAACUUAGUGAUUGUGAUGAGACUUUCCUUAGACAAUUUAGUGGUAGAUUUCGUCUUUUAUGGGGCUUAUAUAGAGCUCACAGUAAUGCCGAGGAUGAUAUUGUAUUCCCUGCCUUGGAAGCAAAAGAAACCCUUCAUAAUGUUAGUCAUUCUUAUACGCUAGACCACAAGCAGGAAGAGGAACUAUUUGAGGAUAUCUCAUCUGCGCUAGCUGAGCUUUCUCAACUUUAUGAAAACUUGAACGGAAGAAAUUUGACUGGAGAUUCAAGUGCAAGUCUCUCCAGUUCUUCUGAUUGCAUUGAUAGUUCGAGAAAAUAUAAUGAGCUAGCUACAAAGAUACAGGGCAUGUGCAAAUCCAUUAAAGUAACUUUAGAUCAUCAUGUUAUGCGGGAAGAAGUUGAACUUUGGCCAUUGUUUGACAGACAUUUUUCUGUGGAUGAGCAAGACAAACUUGUUGGCCGCAUAAUUGGUACAACAGGAGCAGAAGUGCUGCAGUCGAUGCUACCAUGGGUUACAUCAGCUCUUACCCAGGAAGAGCAAAAUAAAAUGAUGGACACGUGGAAACAAGCAACCAAAAACACAAUGUUCAGUGAGUGGCUUAAUGAGUGGUGGGAAGGGACUCUAGCUGAAUCUUCCCAGACACCCACAUCUGAAAAAAGUAUCUCCAAAGAACAUGAGAUACAUGAAUCAAUGGACCAAAAUGACUAUACUUUUAAGCCUGGGUGGAAAGAUAUUUUCCGGAUGAAUCAAAAUGAGCUUGAGUCGGAGAUAAGAAAGGUCUCUCGUGAUUCAACUCUUGAUCCAAGAAGAAAAGCCUAUCUUAUUCAAAAUCUGAUGACCAGUCGUUGGAUAGCUUCUCAGCAGAAGUUUUCACAAUCAAGAACCGGUGAAACGAAAGAUGGUGAAGAUUUACUUGGAUGUUCCCCAUCAUUUCGUGAUCCAGAGAAACAAGUCUUUGGAUGUGUGCAUUACAAAAGAAACUGCAAGCUGCGUGCUGCUUGCUGUGGCAAGUUAUUUGCAUGCAGAUUCUGCCAUGAUGAAGUCAGUGACCAUUCUAUGGACAGGAAGGCAACAUCUGAGAUGAUGUGUAUGAAUUGCCUAAAAAUUCAACCAGUUGGGCCAGUUUGCACAACCCCAUCUUGCAAUGGGCUACUGAUGGCAAAAUACUAUUGCAGUAGCUGCAAAUUUUUUGAUGAUGAAAGGGAAGUUUAUCAUUGCCCAUUUUGCAAUCUAUGUCGUGUUGGAAAGGGACUUGGUAUAGAUUUUUUCCAUUGCAUGACAUGCAAUUGUUGCUUGGGAAUGAAAGUGGUGGAGCACAAGUGCAGGGAGAAAGGCCUUGAAACUAAUUGCCCCAUUUGCUGUGAUUUCUUGUUCACAUCAAGUACAGCUGUAAGAGCUCUUCGUUGUGGCCAUUAUAUGCAUUCUGCUUGCUUCCAGGCAUAUGCUUGCACGCACUACAUCUGUCCUAUUUGUAGCAAGUCUAUGGGAGAUAUGUCGGUCUACUUUGGCAUGCUUGACGCUUUAAUGGCUUCCGAGGUGCUUCCAGAAGAAUAUAGGAACCGCUGUCAAGAUAUCCUAUGCAAUGAUUGUGACAAGAAGGGAAGAGCACCGUUUCAUUGGCUGUAUCACAAGUGUGGCUUUUGUGGGUCUUAUAAUACCAGAGUAAUCAAGGUUGACAGCGAUCCUAAUUGUUCGACAUAG